GUGUUUUCUUAUCUGCUGUUGUGUUUUGUUUUUUACAGUUGUGUUUUCCUAUUUACAGAUGUAUUUUCUUAUUUGCUGUUGUGUUUUGGCGAUUUGUUGUGUUUUCCUAUUUACAAUUGACUUGUGCGAUUUGCACCUCAGGGCCACCGUAUUAAAAAGGUCAUAUUUUUGUCAAGUGAUCUCACAGCAUGUGUUUAACAUGGGAGGCAGAGUUAAGUCAAACAUGACGUCAGAGUUUCCUGCGACCUAUUUCAAAUGACUGAUCUUUUGUAUUUCAGUGGGACGAUUACUCCCAGUAGAUGAGUGGUGGUGCUGCAUGUUGCAGUGCAGCCGGAGCAGGCCUCCAUCUGAGCCACAUUGCAGCAGUAGUGCAGCCUCAGUGUUUCUUGAUGGGAGGAGCGCUGUGGUCACGACCGAGUCUGACGCGAUGCCAGGACAAAUCCCAGAUCCCUCUGUGACAGCAGGCUCCCUGCCCAGCCUGGGCCCGCUGGCCGGGAUCUCAGCCACCACGCUGACUGACAAGCUCAAAUUUAGUGACCUCCAGGAGUUUGGGACGAUGCUCUCACCGCUGCACUUCCUGGACAGUCUGGGGAAAAGGCCCCUAGUCAUCAAAACAGAGAGGGACGAUGACAACGAUAGGAGGAAACGGAGGCGAGAGAAGAACAAAGUGGCUGCAGCUCGAUGUCGAAACAAAAAGAAAGAGAGGACCGAUUAUCUACAACAGGAGUCGGAGCGACUAGAGAUGUUGAAUUCCGACCUGAAAGCGCAGAUUGAGGAGCUGAAGCAGGAGCGCCAGCAACUCAUGCUCCUGCUCAACCGCCACCGCCCCACGUGUAUUGUCAGGACAGAUAGCGUCAAAACCCCGGAGAGCGAGGCGAACCCCCUGCUGCAGCAGCUGGAGGACAAGUGAAGGUGCGACGGGUUCGUGCAGACGGCAGCUGAGAAGAAGCAGCCAACAAGCAGCACUUAGCUCUCUGGGCCUCGGUCACGGAGGAGAACCCUCGUACCUUAAAGACACGGAGCCGCGAGGCACAAUAUGAGGAUCCAGUAUGAUUGGAUGUUGUUAUGGCAGUUAAAUCAAACUUUUCUACUUCUCCCUCCUGCUUUCCCAUGUUGCUGUCAUUUUGGUCAUUGGAGCCACUGUAAGUGUGAAGUUAAACAAAAACAGACAACAGGUUAUCUUACACUCAGCUUGUUGUUUUAUAGCAGAUUUUCUACUACAUUUCCUCUUAACUUUAGCCAUUAGCCAAAAACAGAAUAGAUUCAUUAUAGCCAUUGUCAGACAGGACCUCCGGAGGAUGUCCGGAGAAUUGGGUCCGGACUUUCUCCGGAGUUUGCCUUUCACACAUGAACAACGCAGCAGGAGUUUCUCCGCUCGGACGCUUUCACAACCACAGCAACAACAAAUCUGCAGGUGUUUGUGUGAGAGGUGUUGCAGACGCAGGAUGUAACAUAUUUAUUCUGCUGCGGAGAUUCGAGUGUUUUUAUUUACAGCAUAUUGUAGACGGGCGUCUGCUUUUAUCCCCAAGAGCUUUCUUGACAUCUUCGUCUUCCACUCUUAUUACUCAACUUUUUUAACUUGCAGAUAUCUGUUUUCUUUUAGUUUUUGCGUGUGUAGACUCGUCAUCACAACAACCCCCACUCGCUUGCGGUGAAUCCUGCGGAGGAUCUCCUGCUGGGAUCUCACAUCGUCAUUCCACAGAAAGUCCGGAGGCUUUCACUCUGGCAUUUACCUUCUCAAAAACCGCCUCUCCUGAAUGUCCGGAGGAUCUCUGUUGUUCAGUGCAUGUCUGUAAGCAGUUUAUUUUACACUUUGUGGAAACAGAAAAAGAAUAAUUGGCUUUAAAAAAAAAUCACACGUUAAAGUCCACUCAAUAGUUUCAGUUAAUCAUUUGAUGAUUUAUAAAGAAAUUAUUUACAUUUCUAUAGUGUAUAACUUUGGCUAAAACUGUGCUACACUUGAUUUGUUUGCAUGUAGCCAAGUUCCAGCAGCAUUUCAAUCACUUUUAGUUUCAAACAUGGUUUUACUAUUUGUGGGAUCAGGCUACAAAUAGAUUACUGAGGGGUUUCAAUACUUCUCUGUCUGUAUGCUCAUGAUUAUUUUUCUUGUUUUGGCUUUGUUAAAAUGCAUUCCGGGAAAUUUUAACUAAAAUUCAAUGAGACAAGGGCAAACAUGGGGAAAUGGGUAGGCCUUAUAGAUAUAUUGUAUUUUAACUAAAUCAACUUGUUAUAGCUACAGACUGAGUAGUUAGUGUUUUCAUUUCAUUUUAGUUCUUUCAUACUUUUGAAGACAAUUUGAUGGUGAUUGACCCCACCCUACCCCGCUCCUUUUAUUCAUAUGUUUUGGCGCAGGCGUCACGUAUAUAUAUAUAUAUAUAUAUAUAUAAAUAUGGACUGUUUACAUUGUACUUUUACGUUCUGUUAUCAUAUUGUUACUACCAAUUAAGUUUUUUAUACUUUUGUAUAUGAUAUAUAUAUAUAUGCAUAUAAGCUAUCACAAAAUCUCAGUUUGUAUUUCAUCAAAUAAAUGUUUAGUUUCUUU